CCCGGGCGGAAUUCGUGCGGCGUAAACGGGCGAGUGAGGAAGCUGCUCCUGCGGGAGGACCACAUUUUUCUUGAAAAUACGUCUUGAGCAUUCCGGCGAGUUAAAUAUAUCAAUCCGGGUGUCCUUGUGGAUAUAAGAGACUUGUAGAGUGAGGCGUAAGCGACGAACUAAUUCCAUGGCGACUCUUUCUCUCAUUUUUUCCACUGUUAAUCUGCAACGCCAUACUUUUUCUUAUUAUUCUACCUCUUCCUUUUGUUCUUAUAUACUCAAAGGGACAAGAGAGCUAGGGUUUGGUCGGAGACCUCAAAUAGAGGUCAGAUCUAAUAGGGAUAAAGAAAUAGAGAUUGGAAGUGAGGAAUGGCUUGUAAAGGCGACCCCUUACCAGAUUCUUGGGGUUAAAGAAUCGUGCUCUCUGGAAGAUCUCAGAGUUGCUUUUCGAGCUAGGGUUAAAGAAUAUCAUCCAGAUGUAUGCAAACAUGUCAGAAAUUCACAUGCCAUAAUGCUACGGGUUAUUGAGGCGUAUGGGGUACUAUGUCAACUCUAUUCGUCUCGACAACAAUUGUCUGAGCAAUAUAAUUGGCCUGAAAUCUUUGAAAGGGAGUCUUUUGAUCCUUUUGAAAAACCUGAGUGCGAGGCAUUGGAUUUAUUUGUCAAUGGAACUCUGUGUAUUGGUAAAGGAUGCCCAUAUUCAUGUGUUAGAAGGGCACCUCAUGCCUUUGCAUUUGCUCCCGCAACUGGUACUGCACGUGCGACCUUACAAGCGCAUGGUGAUGAUUACCAGGUCCAACUUGCUGUUGGGCAAUGCCCUAGAAAUUGCAUUCACUAUGUUACACCUUCUCAAAGAAUUAUCCUAGAGGAGCUACUGGAAAGUAUCUUAACCUCUCCUCUUUUUCCGCCUGAAGCUACCAUAUUGGAUUCUCUCAUUGCCCGUGCAAACUUUGAGAAUAACAGGUACUCCAAGCCUAAAAGGAAGCCCAAGGGAUCAACACAAUACGUGGACUACUAUUGAUUUCUUCUCACUCUGAAUAGCCUUCUACCAAAUGCAGAAAGCACAAGUUAUAGAGUUUGGAUGUGUUAGUCAGGAAAUAUCUUCCUGCACAGCUGGUGUUAAGUUUUACCAUUAUAGUCUAAACGGGGUCUUAUCUCCUAUUUUUUUCAUUCUCUUGUAUCAAUUGAAAUUUUUCAAGGAUAUUUAGUUAUGGGUGCGGUUUGUAUAGAGCCUAGGCUCUAAACAAUCAAAUUAGAGCCAACCUUAAAGUAGUAUC